UCACAUAAAGACAACAAAUAGUUUAUCGUGAUUCAUUGCCAUGGUGAAGAGUUUUGAGUCGCUGCCUGAACCAACUCCUGGGUAUACGAAAUCAGUGACCUAGUAUAGAAAACAGGGACCAGGGGUCGCUGUUCAGCAAAUGUUAGGGUUAGGGUUACAGUUACGGUUCGAACAUUUGCUGAACAGCGAGCCCUGAUCAGUUUUCGAUAGGUCACCGAUUUCGGUACAACACCGGAAAUAAAAUAGCCUACGGUUUCACACUGUUCAAGAUAGGCUACGUUCCGAAUCCUACACAGAGAUAGUGGGAAAGGUUGUAAUUGAGGAAUGUAUUUUACGACAAGUACGUAAACGAUGUAAAACGGCUUUCCGGCAGGAGUACUUCACAUGUGGUAGCUAAUGGAAUACAAUUCUAACCAUUGAGGACUAGCUAGCCAACAACGUGGCUAAACACACAACAUAUAUACCAACCCCGAAUAGUGAAGAAACCCCUUCAAAAUGGAAAGUGAUGGUGCGAUGAUUAAACAAGGAAUGUGUGACGACCAUGUGGAGAAUCAGGCAGACCCCACCUGCAUCAGCGCCAGUGAAGAUGAGGAUGGCAGUGACGAUGAGAGAAAAAACCGCAAGCUCCUGGAGGCUAUCAGCUCACUGGGGGGAAAGAAAAGAAAGAAGCUUGCUGAACGAUCUGAAGCUUGCAUUCAAGUAUCAGAGUUCACUGUCAAUGCAGAAGGUGAAGGAGAAAAAAUCAAUCUGUCUGACCUCAUUGGUACUAUGGACAAAACCACCGCUUCACUCUCCAAGACAAAGAAACAGCUUAGGAAUCUUCAGAACAGUCACACUACCUUGGAGACACCCCUAAGCAAACAGGAAACACAAAAGAUCCAUAGAGAUGUGGCUUUUGACAAAACCGCGAAAGAGGUGUCGCGAUGGGAGAGUAUAGUAAAACAGAACCGAAGGGCAGAGCAGCUGGUUUUCCCCCUGAACCAGGAGCCUUCUGGCCCAAAACGCAUGGACCAGGUGGUGACUGGAUGGAAGGCUCAAACCCCACUAGAACAGGAGAUCUUUAGCCUUCUGCACAAGAACAAGCAACCCAUCCACCAUCCUGUUCUUACACCCAUGGAAGAGGCCUCCCUGGGAGCUAUGAGUCUAGAGGAAGCGAAAGUACGCCGUGCAGAACUCCAAAAGGCCAGAGUACUGCAGUCAUACUACGAAGCAAAAGCCAAAAGAGAAAGGAAGAUAAAGAGCAAAAAAUACCACAGGGUACAGAAUAAAGCAAAGCGUAAGGAGUUUCUGAAGCAGUUUGAUGACAUGCUUAAGACCGAUCCUGCUGCUGCUCUGGAGGAACUGAAGAAGAUGGAACUGUCUCGAAUGCAGGAAAGAAUGUCUCUGAAGCAUCAGAACAGUGGCAAGUGGGCCAAGUCAAAGGCCAUCAUGGCAAAAUAUGAUGAAGGGGCUCGGAAAGCCAUGCAGAGCCAGCUAGAGGUGAACAAAGACCUCACCCAGAAAGUGGUGGUAGUGUCCGAGGAGGAAGACGAGGACAAGGACAGCCCAGAUACCCUGCCAGACUUUGUGAACGACUCGCAGUCGUCGCUGGACCCGGUGAAUCCCUGGAUGAGGGGAAAGCUUUCUGUCGAACCCACGGUGCAGGAGGCGGGUGAGGGCACGGAGGUGCCGUUGCUCACCCCUGAGGAGACGGCACACUCGGACAGCAAAGCGGAAAGUGAGCAGGAAGUAGAGGAAACUGAAGAGGAAGUGCUCCUUCGAGAUUUUGAGACGAGGCGCAAGUUGCGGCGGACUGAGGUAGCUGACGGCGUAACUGCGUCUUUGGAAGACAAAGAAACACCAGAAGAGAAUAAAGCCGAACAAGAAGUUGUGGAGAUCUCUGACAGUGAGGAAGAGGACCUCUCUGAGUUCACCAGCCUUUACCAGGGGAUAGCCAACAGCCAGCAGAAGUCCCAAUCUCAGGAAGCACAGCCAGAACCAAUACCAGGACCAGGGGCCGUUCCGACCGAGGAGGCUCCAGGCCUGCUGGAGGAGACCCUGGUAAGAAUCAGGACCCUGGAGGAUGUGGAGAUGCUAAGUCAGAACCCCCUUGAUAUCGAAGGAGACCAACCAUUACCUCCAGUGGACCAGAGCCCCAACAUAGAGGAAACGGCCCUCCCAUGUGGUACUCAGAAGGCUGGGAAAAAGAUGAAGAGAAAGAGAGGGAUUGACCCCAAUGAGGUUCUGACCAAAGAGGCCAAAAUGAUCAAGGUCCCUUUGGUUCCCACGGCCGUGGAGGAUGAGAACGGUGAAGAGGAACAAAGGACCAUCAUCAGCGAGGCGUUUGCGGGGGACGAUGUUGUCUCAGAUUUUCUGAAGGACAAGAGGAAGCAGGAGGAGGCUGGGAAACCCAAGGUCGUGGACUUGACUUUGCCAGGCUGGGGAGAGUGGGGAGGUCAGGGCCUUAAAACCUCACGCAGGAAACAAAGGAGGUUCAGGGUGAAAGCAGCCCCACCUCCCCCAAGACGAGACGGGAAACUCCGUGCCAUCAUUAUCUCUGAAAAGAGGGAUUCGGCAGUCGCUGCACUCCAGGUGAGUCAGCUGCCUUUCCCAUUUGAGAAUCCCGCACAAUUUCAGCACACCAUCCGUUCGCCUAUCGGACGCACCUGGAAUACCCAGCAAGUCGUGAGAAAGAUCACCGCGCCCAAGGUGGUCACCCAGUUAGGUGCCAUCAUCGACCCCAUCGCCCGUGAGGAGCUUAUGAAGGGCCAAAAGCAGAUGAUCGCAAGGACAGGGCCAAACAUUCCGCUGGAGUCAAUCAAAGACGGUGUCAGUAAAACGUCUCAGAAACGCACGCAGAAGAAGAAGAAACGCACAAAGAACUGAUUAGUUUCCUCCGCUUAUGGCUGUCAUGACGCAAACGUGAAUGGGACGCCUAACCCUGAUCAUGAUACCAAGGAUGAUUUACACGUUCUGUGGGGUAACAUGGCCACCACGCUUACGAUUUGAGAGCAUUUACACCUGAUUCAGCCUGCCAAGUAAGCUGUGAUUUAGUUGGUCUUGGAGGAAAAGCAGGUUAAAUUCUAGUGAGACGAUGACCUCUUCUUGGAAUGAAAUGUCUGGCCACAUAUGUAUGUUUUGUAAUGCAUCAGUCAUGAGCGACAGUAAAACUAUGUAUGCCAGAUUUUAUGACACCUCAAUAUAUUUUACAAUACAUUGUAAUGAGCCAAUUGGCUAAUGGUGGUGGCACAUCAUUAAUUCAUUAUUUACUUAUAAUUACAUUUUUGAUCUGUAAAAUUAAAUGCAGCUAUAAAUUAACCUUGCUAUUGUAUUUCUUUACUUUUGUGGCCCCUAAAUCAAAUCUGCUGUGGCACAUGAUU